AUGGGUCAAAAUCAAUCUGCAGGCGGUGGAAGUGGUGGCGACAAGAAGGAUGAUAAAGACAAGAAGAAGAAGUAUGAACCUCCAAUUCCUACAAGAGUUGGAAAGAAGAAACGAAAAACAAAAGGUCCUGAUGCAGCUAUGAAAUUGCCUCAAGUGACUCCGCACACAAGAUGCCGUUUGAAGCUAUUGAAAUUAGAAAGAAUAAAAGAUUACCUGUUAAUGGAGGAAGAAUUUAUCAGAAAUCAAGAACGCUUGAAGCCCCAAGAAGAGAAAAUUGAAGAGGAAAGGUCCAAAGUUGAUGAUCUCCGAGGGACUCCAAUGUCUGUAGGAACUUUGGAAGAAAUAAUCGAUGACAAUCAUGCUAUUGUUUCAACAUCAGUCGGAAGUGAACAUUAUGUCAGCAUUUUGUCUUUCGUUGAUAAAGAUCAGUUGGAGCCUGGUUGUUCAGUGUUACUCAACCAUAAAGUUCAUGCCGUGGUAGGAGUAUUAUCUGAUGAUACUGAUCCAAUGGUUACAGUGAUGAAAUUGGAAAAAGCUCCCCAAGAAACGUAUGCUGAUAUAGGUGGUCUGGAUACACAGAUUCAAGAAAUUAAAGAAUCUGUAGAGUUGCCUCUUACUCAUCCUGAAUACUAUGAAGAAAUGGGGAUAAAACCUCCCAAAGGUGUUAUACUUUAUGGUCCUCCAGGAACUGGUAAAACACUACUGGCUAAAGCGGUUGCUAAUCAAACUUCUGCCACAUUUUUAAGAGUUGUUGGAUCUGAACUCAUUCAGAAGUAUUUGGGUGAUGGCCCUAAAUUAGUUAGAGAGUUAUUCAGAGUUGCUGAAGAACAUGCUCCAUCAAUUGUAUUUAUAGAUGAAAUUGAUGCUGUUGGAACAAAACGUUAUGAUUCCAAUUCAGGAGGAGAACGUGAAAUUCAAAGAACAAUGUUGGAAUUGCUUAAUCAGCUAGAUGGAUUUGAUUCUAGAGGAGAUGUUAAGGUGGUUAUGGCCACAAAUCGUAUUGAAACUUUGGAUCCUGCCCUGAUUCGCCCAGGUCGAAUUGAUCGAAAAAUUGAAUUCCCAUUGCCUGAUGAAAAAACAAAAAGAAGAAUUUUUAAUAUUCAUACGUCAAGAAUGACAUUAGCAGAAGAUGUUAAUCUCACCGAACUUAUUAUGUCUAAAGAUGAUCUUUCAGGUGCAGAUAUUAAGGCUAUUUGUACAGAAGCUGGUUUGAUGGCUUUGCGUGAAAGGAGGAUGAAAGUUACUAAUGAAGAUUUCCGGAAGUCGAAGGAGAGUGUGCUGUAUCGCAAGAAAGAAGGUACUCCAGAAGGACUGUAUCUGUGA